AUGAACAAAGAAAAUCGAACCAGUAUUUCUGGAUUCCUUCUCCUGGGUUUCUCUGAGCUACCAGAACAGCAAAUAAUUAUCUCCUGGUUGUUCCUGUGUGUAUAUCUGGUCACAGUGGUUGGGAACUUUCUCAUCUUGCUGGCCAUUGGCUUAGAUGCUCACCUUCACACGCCCAUGUACUUCUUUCUGGCCAACCUCUCCUUUGUUGACAUUUGUUUUUCAUCAGUCACAAUACCCAAGGUACUAGUGAACCACAUAUUGGGAAGUAAAUCUAUCUCUUAUAAAGAAUGUAUGACACAGAUAUAUUUCUUUAUCACUUUCAUAAAUAUGGAUGGAUUCCUACUGGGAGUUAUGGCAUAUGACCGCUAUGUGGCCAUCUGCCAGCCCCUGCACUAUACCACUAUCAUGCGCCCUAGACUCUGCAUCUCUUUGGUGAUGGUAUCAUGGGUCAUCACUCACCUGCAUGCCCUCUUACACACACUACUCAUGGUUCAACUUUCCUUCUGCUCUAACAACAUCAUCCCCCACUUCUUCUGUGAUCCAUACCCCAUCCUUAAGCUCUCCUGUUCUGACACCUACCUCAAUGACUUGAUGGUAUUCACUGUGGGUGGAUUAGUGUUCAUGACUCCAUUCACAUGCAUCACUAUUUCCUAUGCCUAUAUCUUCUCCAAAGUACUGAAGAUUCCAUCUACACAGGGAAUACAGAAAGCCCUGUCCACGUGUGGCUCCCAUCUCACAGUAGUCUCUCUCUUUUAUGGUGCUAUCAUGGGAAUCUAUCUGCGCCCAUCAUCCUCCUAUUCAGCUAAGGACAUGGUUGCCACAGUAAUUUUCACCAUAGUAACUCCGAUGCUUAACCCUUUCAUCUAUAGUCUAAGGAAUAGAGACAUAAAGGCAGCCCUACAAAAACUCUUCUCAAGGCAUAACACAGUGCAUAAAACUCUCAUUCAUCAUCACAGACUUAUGGAUGCCCUUAUUCUCAUUAACAGCCACUUGGGUGGAGGGCUCUUGGCUGGCAUCGCAGACUCACAAUUGCUCAUUAUAAUUCCUGAUUAA